AUGCCUGACAGCUUUAAAGAGAAAUACUCUUGCACCCGUGUAAUAAUCGAUUGUACAGAAAUUAGAUGCCAAAUGCCUUCCAGCCUUCUGUUGAAUUCCAAAUUGUUCAGCUCCUAUAAGAACCAUGUAACUCUAAAAGGCUUAGUUGGAAUUGCUCCCAGUGGAGCUAUAACUUUUAUCAGUCAGCUAUGUAGUGGAAGCAUUUCCGAUCACGAAAUUGUUGAACGAAGUGGUUUCCUGAAGUUAGAGUUUGACAAUGGUGACACCGUGAUGGCCGAUAAAGGUUUUACAAUUGGAGACCUACUCAUACUGGGUGUAACCCUAAACAUUCCCCCCUUUUUAGGGUCUAAUAGCCAAAUGACAGCACAAGAUUUUAUCAAGACUCAAGAAAUUGCUUCUGUUAGAAUACAUGUUGAACGGGCCAUCAAUAAAAUCAAGAAUUUUCACUUAUGGGAUAGUGUUGUACCCCUC